CAGUCUUAUUGAUGGGCUUUUUUUUAAUUUAUUUAUUUUUUGCCUGGUUAUUUCCAUGGUAACUGUCCUGUCUGAGCUUUGAUCCGCAGCUCGGAGCCGACGGUGUGAGAAUGGAGCUGGAGGAGAAAAACCCAGAUCCCAAAUACGGGGAGUCCAGGAAGUUUGAUCCAAACUUUAAAGGACCGAUCUACAACAGGAGCUGCACAGAUAUCCUCUGCUGCAUUGUCUUCAUCUUCGCUUUGUUGGGGUACUUCGCUGUGGGCAUUCUGGCCUGGUCUCAGGGUGACCCCAGAAAGGUGAUUUACCCCACAGACAGCAGGGGGCAGUUCUGCGGACAAGCCGGGACUCGUCUGGAGAAGAAGCCUCUCCUGUUUUACUUCAACAUCCUGAAAUGUGCCAGUCCUCUGGUGCUGCUGGAGUUCCAGUGUCCCACCACGCAGCUAUGCGUGGACAGCUGUCCUGACAGGCAUCUGACGCUGGUCAAAGCCAAGCUGGGCAGCAAAGAAGACCAUGAAUACUACAAACGGUACUGCAAGGAAGGAGUGGACUUCUCCCAGCUGAGUCCUCCCGAGCUGCUGAGGGACGGCUUGUGUCCUGCCAUGCUGAUGCCCAGUAAAGCCUUCACGCGGCGCUGCCUCCCCGCUCUGGGAACCAUGAAGGGCGGCGUGGUGGUGGUGGGCAACGAGACCACCUUUGAUGACGGGCAGGGCGUCAGCAUCAACGCCUCCGACGUGCUGGAGGCGUCGAAAAAGUCAAAUUUGGCCGUUGAAGCUCGUCAAGUCGCCAUGAGGAUCUUCGAGGAUUACACUCAGUCUUGGCACUGGAUAUUGUUAGGGCUGGUUAUAGCCAUGGUGGUCAGCUUGAUUUUCAUCGUGCUGCUGCGGUUCCUGGCUGGCGUCAUGGUGUGGGUCAUGAUUGUUUUGGUUAUUCUCGUCAUUGGAUACGGUAUUUUCCACUGUUACAUGGAGUUUGCCAGCCUGAAAGGGCAGCCCGGGUCUGAUGUGACCAUCCGUGAUCUGGGCCUGCAGACGGACUUCUCCAUCUACCUGCAGAUCAGACAGACCUGGCUGGCCUUCAUGAUCAUCCUGGCCAUUGUGGAAUUCAUCAUCAUCCUGCUGCUCAUCUUCCUCAGGAAGAGGAUCCUGAUCGCCAUCGCCCUCAUCAAAGAGGCCAGCAGAGCCGUCGGCCACGUCAUGUCCUCGCUCUUCUACCCUCUGCUGACCUUUGCCCUCCUGUCGGUGGUGAUCGCCUACUGGGCCAUUACUGCGGUUUUCCUGUCCACGUCUAAUGAGCAGGUGUACAAAGUCUUCAACAAGACCGACGACUGUCCGUUCGCACUGGAGACCUGCGACCCCAAGACUUUCAACUCCUCGAAUAUCUCAGCUCAGUGUCCAGACGCAGAGUGCCUGUUUUCCUUCUACGGAGGCGAGACGGUCUACCACAAAUACCUCAUCCUGUUUCAGUUCUACAACGUCUUCCUCUUCUUCUGGUGUGCCAACUUCGUGACGGCUCUGGGCCAGGUCACUCUCUCGGGGGCCUUCGCCUCUUAUUACUGGGCCUUCAAAAAGCCGGACGACAUCCCGGCGUACCCCAUCUUCUCCUCUCUGGGACGAGCCCUCAGAUACCACACAGGCUCCCUGGCGUUCGGCUCCCUGAUCCUGUCUCUGGUCCAGGUCAUCCGGGUGCUUCUGGAGUAUCUCGAUCACAAGCUGAAAGGCGCUCAGAACAAGGCUGCUAAAUUUUUUCUGAAAUGCAUGAAGUGCUGCUUCUGGUGUUUGGAGAAAUGCAUCAAGUUCCUGAACAGAAACGCUUAUAUCAUGAUUGCAAUCUAUGGGAAGAAUUUCUGCAGCUCGGCUCGGGACGCUUUCUUUCUUCUCAUGAGGAACAUUAUCAGGGUGGCUGUUUUAGAUAAAGUGACCGACUUCCUGCUGUUCCUUGGAAAGCUCCUUAUUGUUGGCAUUGUGGGGAUUUUCUCUUUCUUCUUCUUCUCUGGAAGAAUCAAAGCUGUGGAAGAAGCUGCACCGUCUCUCAACUACUACUGGGUGCCAAUUCUGACGGUGGUAGUGGGAUCCUACCUCAUUGCUCAUGGCUUCUUCAGCGUCUACGCCAUGUGUGUGGACACACUGUUUCUCUGCUUCUGUGAGGAUUUGGAGCGAAAUGACGGCUCCUCUGAAAGGCCUUACUUCAUGUCCGCCAAGCUGCACAAGAUCCUCUCCAAAACCAAGAUGGUGGAGGAGGAUCAGGACGGCGUGGAGCAGCCGGACGCUGCCAAGCCGCUGGACGAGGUGAAGGUGGAGGAGGAGACGCCUCUUCAGCAGCAGGAGGAUGGAGAGAUCACCCUCAAACAGCAGACGGUGCUGAAGCUGGAGAACGAGGAGGAGCAGCCGCUGCAGGACCAGUCAGCAGAGGAGAAGGUGGAGGAGCCGGCGGUCCCUCAGGCGGAGGAGGCUGAACAGAAAGAAGAGCCAGAGGCGAAAGAAACCACAGAAAAUCAGGAGGAGAAAACAGAGGAAAAAACCCAGGAGAAGCCAGCCGCAGCCGAGGAGGCCGAGAAAGACGAGACUGAGGAGAAGGAAGAGGAAAAAGAGGAACCGAAGGAGGAGAAUCCUCCACCUGCACCUCAGGAGUAGACGCUCCAAAACAAGCAGAGCUCAGUAAACCUCAUAGAGCAUCAAGAAUGAAAGAAGUGCACCUACAGCGUUGUGACGUGGACCUGUUCAAUAUGCGACAAACAGCAAGCUCAGAUUUCAGACCAGACCGCCUCGAUUUGAUGAGAACAGUGUUGUCCACCGGAGAGGGUUCAGGUCAAAAGCCCAGUGCACCUCUGUAGCUUGGAAAUAAAAUUUAUAAAAACGGCUCUCUUGUGUUGGUUGUAGAACAGUGUUGGUUUUUAUAUUGUGAAGAUCUGUAGAACAUUGUUAGUGCUGAACCUGUGCCUGAUUACUGUCACUGAUUUCUGUUGUCUUAAUCCUGUUUGCGAAUGCACUACAGAACCACCGUGUUUACAGUCAGAACAUCCAGACCGAUGGUGAAGCUCCUUCACUGUUUACAAUAAUACCAGCUGACGCCAAAAUGCUACCCACGGAUUUGAUAUACUGUAUAAAUAAGGGAUCUUUUGUUUUCUAUGGGACUCGUGUACAUACAGUAGUGUAGGUCCAGUAUGUAUUUUUGGCUUCAGUCUUGUAAAGAUCCUCCCCGAGAUGGGAUCCCGUAUAUUGUAUUGCCACCUACUUGCCUUGGUAUUUCCGACUGGCGUUUGUGCUGUGAUUGAUUGUGCCGCCAUGAUGCAGCCGACUCGACCUCUCAGACUCUGCGGACCCCCGCCCUCCCUCCUCCAGCCUCUCCACCUGUUGACCAGCUUUACCUGACCUGCUCUGUCCUUCUGUUUAAGUGCUGCAUGGUAUUGAUUGACAUGGCCUUUUCUGAAUGCUUGCAACUAACAUCUCAAGUCUCUGGAUGCUUUUUGUAUCUUUUCUCCUGUUUUUGUCACAUUGUGAAACAUGUAAACUGAUUUUACACGGACAUUUCUGAUGACAUUCCACAGUUACUGGAUGUAAAUCUUGAUUAAAGGUGAUUGUAUUUAAUCA